AGAGAGAGCAGCAGCAGCAGCAGCAGCAGCAGCAGCAGCAGCACUGUCUCUUUGUUCCAGCCACAGAAUCGUCCCCCCUCCACCUCCAGCAGUCACUCUCUCCACUCUUCCCCAUCGCGGUGCUACACUGGCCUGGAUGACUGCAGCAGCAGCGACAUGGCUGUGAAUCUCAGGACGAACAGACUGACCCUGCUCACGGCUUACCAGGAUGUUAUCGACGAGACGUCGGCCACUGACUGGGCCCUGUACACAUAUGAAGACAACAGCAAUGAUCUGGUACUGGCGUCGUCAGGAGGUGGAGGCCUGGAGGAAAUCACGGUCACCUUUGACAACAGCCGCAUCAUGUAUGGCUUCUGCAGCCUGAAGGAGGCCACUGCCACCCUGCCUCGCUACAUCCUCAUCAACUGGGUUGGGGAGGAUGUGCCUGAUGCAAGGAAGUGUGCCUGUGCCAGCCAUGUAGCCACCAUUGCUGAGUUUUUCCAGGGGGUUGACGUCAUCAUCAACGCCAGCAGCAUGGAAGACAUAGAGCCCUCAGCCAUCGGACAGAGACUGACCAAUGGGACAGGCCCGGUGGCCAGCCCUGUCCUUAGCCGCCUGCGAACAAAGGACGAGGAGAACACAGAGCACGUUGGCACCACCUACCAGAAGACGAACGCAGAGAUCGAGAUGAAGAAGAUCAAUCGGGAGGAGUUCUGGGAACAAGCCAAGCGGGAAGAAGAGAUGAGGAAAGAGGAUGAGAGAAAGAAGGCAGCGGAGGAGCGGCAGCGUUUUGAAGAGGAGCGUAUGGAGCUUGAGAGAAAGGAGCAAGAGGAGAGAGAGAAGAGAUAUCGCGAGAGGGAGAGGCAGAUUGAGGAACACAGGAAGAAAAUACAAGAAGAAGAGGAGGCCAAAGAGAAAUCAAGGACUCAGCCCUUGAUUACAGAGCCCAGCUGUGACGACCCCUCUCAAGAGAAAAAGGAGACAGAGGUUGAGGAGGCAGCCGCCAUUAUUGCCCAACGGACAAGCAACCCACGGGAGUUCUUCAAGCAGAAAGAGAAAGCCGUGGCCAGCAGCGUGGACACCUCACCCGUCGCCACUCACAGGACUGGCCGCUUGGACAGUCCGUUCUUGAGGCAGCAGCACAGUCCAUGUGAGCCCAGUCCGCCCCCCCCUCGCACCCCGCCCCAUGUGCGGCGGCAGCAGCCAGGGCCACCUGAUGACUCUGCUGAAGGCAUCCCAGACAUGGCAGCUGUGUUCCCCACACCAAUUCCUAAAAUCGCCAUUCAGGAAGAUAAAGAGGACACCAGCUGUAAGGAGUGGGUCCCUGAGUCUCCAGAGCGAGCACCAGUGCAGGAGUCCAGCCCGAACAAACCUGUUCAGAGUGUGGCCCCUCAGGCUCGUUCCACAGACCCCUCAGAGGACAGUCUCCUGGACCUGUGGGAGAGUGGCCCACCCCCCGCCACCGCCCCGUCCCAGGCCACACACAUUAUGGAUCUGAUGGGCGAUGCUCCAGAGCCUCUGCAGGCCGCUUCAUCCCCCAACCUGCCCCAGCCCCUGCUCAGUUUCGAUGAGACGCCAGACACCACCUUCUGCCCCGGGCCAGAGGAUGACCCCUCCAGCUUGGUGGACGUGGCUGGGCCACACCAGAUGACCCUGAGCUACCAGCAGGCCCUGCAGCAUGCCUCAGGUUCUGACAGCCAGGAGCUGGACGACAGCCAACUGCUGAUGACCAAUGGAGACACACUGCUCAAAGAAGGGACUCAGGCAAGUGAAGGCUACUUCAGCCAGUCACAGGAGGAAGAUUUCGCUCAGUCUGACGAGUGCUCUGCAAAAGUGAAUCCAACGCCAGUAUUUUACAACAAACCACCAGAAAUUGACAUCACAUGCUGGGACACUGACCCCGUGAUGGACGAUGACGAUUAAGCGCAGAGGAAAGGAGUGCCCUACGUAUUCAAGAAAAGAAAAAAAAAAUUUUGCAGAGGUUAUUACAAGUCUUGCAUCAGAAAAUCUGUAUGUUGUUUUAGGGAAACAAAAACAAACAAACAAAAAAUCUUAGCCACUAAAAAGGAUAUGGGUUAUUGUUAAAGAUGCCAAUGGGUUUAAGCGCUCUUGGUUAGUUAGUGCGAGCGUGCGUGUGUGUAUGCGAGUUAUUUAUUUCUUUUCUCUUUUUGCUAUGCAGACUAUAGCACAGUGUGUAUUUAGCGCUCACCUGUGUUGUAUUGACUCCCUGUGCCUAACAGGUGUGACCAGUAGCAGAUAGAGCGUCCUGUUUUCGGUCAUGUGUCAGAACCACAAAGGAUAUAAUGCCUCAGCGAUUCUUAGCUCUAGCCUGUCCCGCCUGUGGCCAAGGUAGUCCAGUACUUCCCCUAGUAGUUGCUCAGGCUAGUAAUGAGCGCCUUGCCUAUUUCAAUCAUAAAAGAUGUACGCUGAAUUUCUGUCCGCAGCGGCCUUGGCUUUGACAUCAUAUUUGGUCUCGGACUGUUCAAGCAGAAUCAGAAAGAGUAGACGCGCACCACAGGCAUGUUGACAAAGUGUUCUUUGUAUAUGAGUGUCUACUAACUCUAAUUCUGUGUAUUAAAUCUCACACAAGUGAAAGCGUGUCAGGAUUAGCGAGACUUGGGAUUUGUGGGUGCCGUUAGACUCAAAUGAAGACAUUAUUUUUAGAGAAGUAAACAUAAAAGGGUAAUUUGAAACUAUUUUUGUGUCGUGCCAAUUGUUUUCAAUAUCUUGUUGUUUUCAGACUAUUGUGUUGGUGUAAAAGACCUUUAGGACUUAGAACCAGGUGGCAUAUGUAUAUUUUGACUACAUAUGAGAAAUGUAUACAACAUGGUAAUAUGAGUUUUUUAAUGGUUGCUAUAGCGUUAGCGUCAAUUUGUCAAUUAACUUAGGCAAUAACUAUUUUAGAAGAGAUACAAUUGGGAAAUUUGUUUAAUGCACAUGUGGCUGUAUGCAUAUGUGCAUGUAUGGGUAUGUGUAUGUAUGUGUGCGUACAUCUUGUGCUAAGGUUUUAUAGGACAGUAAAAUUUACUGUGGGUCUUUUAUUUUGUAUUUACUUUCAUUUUAGUUCCCUAAUCCAAAGAAAGUCACUCCCCGCUUGAUUUAAACCCCCAAUAACUAUACAUUUGAAAGUAGUUAUUUUUCUCAGUAACUCAUAAUGGAUAAUAAUCUCUAAGAAAUACAGCAACAUUUUUCAGCCUGAUCUGCCAGGUCUGUAUCAUAUGGUUGAUUACCACACACAGUAAUUGACACGAUUCCUUGUAUUUAACACCAUUUACUCAAAAUGGAUUUAUGGAGCUUGGAAGAAGGACCUCUUGUAUGAAGCUUCUCUUCCUUACUAUCUAACAUCCUAUGAAUUUUCCACCUCAACAAUCCCUCCCAUUUCCUGUGAUUAAGUUUACACACUCCACCACCACCCCAUCUCCUCCCAGGUCCUGUCAGUCCUGUCUCUCCUACCUCUGUUUAUCAAAAGGGGAUCCGGCCUUCUUGCUUAAAGCAAAAGCUGCCAAGUCCUCAGUGUUCUCUUCCCUCCUUCAGGCAUACAAUCUCCUCUCAUUCUGCAACCAUAUAUUGAAGGCAAACUAAUAAAAUACACAUAUAGCAGAAGCCAAUAAGCAGUUGCUAAAUUCAUACUUUAUAAAAUAAAUAUUUGCAUGAAAUUUUCAGUCACAGGCUGUAAAUCAGUACAAUUCUUUUUUUUCAGAGGAAAGACUUUGUGGUAAAACAUUACACCAACAUAGUUAUGUAGAGGGUCUUUCACAGACCCCUUUCUGAUUGUGCAUGGAUACCAGAAAACCUUAGAGAAUGUCUCAAAAUUAUUGUCUGUGGUAAUCAACAAUACAUAUGCAGCAAAUAAAAGAUUAGGUUGGAAAAUGCUAAAACAUUCCUUUAAUCCAAACCUCAACCUGAAACAGAUGAACACAAGCUCAAGUAAUUUCCCCAUAGAAGCUUUUGCUAAUAUACCUAUCAUGUAUCUGAUUUGGACUGUUUGUUCAUGUUAAAAUUAAUUCCCUUUCAUAGCUUUGACUGUCUUCCGUACUGUUGUAUAUCCAACCCCUGUUCCAUGGUACAGAGAUCCUAGGCCUCGGUUUAUGUUUAGAAAACAUUUUUUUUCCAUUGCAAUUGUUCUGAGUGAAAUAAGCAAGCAAUAAUACUAAACCAAUGUAGUAUUGUUUUGUAAAUAGCUCUAAUUCUAAUUUUAGUACUGUCAGUACAGUGCUAGUGAUUGACAUGUAUUUGAUUGUGGCCUGUAAAACAAAUACUGGCAUAGGACUGGACGGGGUUUCUUAAGAUGGGAUAUUUCCAAAAAAGUGGACUGCUGAGGGGAGCCAGCCCGCAUCUUUAACAGUAACCGAGGCCCUUUUGACAUGAUUUUAAUGUAAUCUUCACCCUCCGACCUCCUUGGUAGUGAUUCUUAUGCUCUUUCUCCCUCUCACACUACUAGGAGACUACUACUACUACCACUACUAUUGCUACUAUUACUAGUACUAUACUACUACAAUUUCCCCUUUGUCCCUGAAGCAAGGCUUAGCAACUCCUGAAGUUUCUCUCUCUCUUUUUUAUUAUUUUUUUUUCUAUCUCUUCCCUUUUUCCGUCCGCUUCUCACUUGCUGUUUUUGAAACAAGCACAAGAUCUUUUGUGACAUGCUGUGCUUCUGUAUGUUAAUAAAAGAUUUCAAAAACCC